AUGCUAUGGGACAAUAACAUUAAAUUACCACUGAAGCGUAAAGAGCAUCUAGAUAGGCAUAUGCAGGGUCACAUGGAGCUGAGGCCACACAUCUGCGAUGAUUGCGGGAAGGGUUUCAAGAGGAAAGAGCACCUCAAUAUUCACAAAUCUAUUCACAAAGGUGAAAAAGCACUUCAGUGUUCUAUAUGUAGUAAACGUUUUUACCGCAAGGAUCACCUUCAAAAACACAUACAGACACACAACAAACACUUCAUGGAGCAAAAUAUUAUACCAAUGAGUGACCAGGAGCUCAGUAUCAAGCAAGAAGUAGAAGACGACAAUAUGCCCAUUAUCACCGAUGUCAGUGGGAAUGUUACUGACAAUGACGUCUCCAUGGAGUCUGAAGACUACUCAAACACGGAGAUCCUUGGGCUGCCGCUGGACCAUCAGCUGACAGUAGAUCACGCCAAGUGCGCUCGGCCGUUCGUGUGCGUCAUCUGCGGGAAGAGUUACAAGAGGAAGGACCAUCUGAAGAUCCACAGCUGGACGCACAUGAAGAAGGAGGUUGUGUGCACGCAGUGCGGGAAGGAUUUCCACACGGAGGACCAGAUGCUGGUUCACGUGAAUCUGGUGCACCUGAAAAUACACGAGACCGGCACAAUAGUGAACAACGGUCUGACGCAGCUCAAGUCGUUGCUCGGAGAGGAUAUCGAGGUUGAAGUGUUGCAGAACAAUCCCCGAGCGCCGACAUCGAAGAGGGACACGGAGGGGCGCAAGCACGAGUGCCCGAUCUGUCACCGCAAGUUCAAGCGGAAACAGCACCUCAAGGUGCACGCCAAGGUGCACCUCAAGAAGAAGCGCACCUUCUACUGCGGCAUCUGCCACGAGGGCUUCAACGAUAACAACCAGUUCGAGAAUCACAAGUGCCGUCCGAACGACUUGUUCAGGAACCCGGAGCAAGACAAGGACGAUAACGAGUACGAGCAGAACGGCGAGUACGAGCCGGAUGAGGAACACGGCGAGUCCGAGCAGCACAACGAGUCCGGGGGGGGCGAGUCCGAGCGGGGCGAGUCCGAACGCGGCGAGUACGAGCACGAGGACGGGGAGUACGAGCAGCACACCAUAUUCGGGCAUAACGGUACCUCGCCCAACGGGGAUGCGAGGAAGGAGAAUUAUCCGCAGGACUUACUGGAGGUGGUGGUGGAGGAGGCGGCGCUGCCGACGCCGCAGCGCGUGUUCGUGUGCAAGUUCUGCGGCAAGCCGUUCCGCCGCAAGGACCACUACAAGAUACACCUGCACAUACACACCGGCCUCAAGUCCUUCUUCUGCCCCACCUGCGGGAAAGGGUUCUAUCGCAAGGACCACCUGCAGAAGCACAUGAUAGUGCACGCGCGCAGCCAUAUGAAGAAGGCGAAGCAGGGCCGCGCCCUGCCCGCGCUGCUGCCGCUGGCCGCCACGCCGCUCAGCAGGAAGGAGGUCAAGCCCGAGAUCACGAUACAUGCGCCAUGCAACGCGAAGAUCCGCGUGCCGCUACAAAUGAAGGUCCCGUACCAGAUGGUGAUGUCGCUGGACAACGGCGAGACGCGCGCCGUCACCGUCGACCCGACCGCGCACCUGCUCGGCCUGCCAUAGACUACACACCGGCCACCAAUGAGGUUACAUUAAAAAUAAAGUGGAAAAACAAUUCAGCCAGUGUACAGUGACCAUAGAGCAGUGCUAUAAAGAUUAAAUUUAAUAAAUGGGACCGAUAAACAGUGACCAUAAAGCCCAAGUCACCGCACCAAAGACAGAUUUUUGUGCAUACAAAAAAUUGUGUGAAUGAAAUAUAAAUUGCUAAAAUGUGAAAGUACUCGGUUGAAGGAUGGAGUGACCCAGUGACGGACUUGUCUAAUUUUUGAUGAAUUAAAUCACGUUUUGUUUUUGAAUACUCGCGUUGAUGUUCUCACUCAUAGUUCACAUCGACUUCGCUGUGUAAUUACAUUGAUUAAAUAAUUUAUGAAAUGUUUAUAGGGUAAGUGAACACAUUAUACUCUUUUAACUCAUCAUGUUUUUAAUUUAAAUCUUUAAAUUAUGUUAGAAGAUUCUACUUAGCAGUGUUAAUAUGUAAAAAUAAAGUAAUUUUAUUGUUGUAUAUAGUUUUAAGUGCACUCCCUUGUAAUGUAUGAAAUAAAUUUUUUGAAGAUAUUUAAAUCGCAGUUUUUUUUCUCCUAUCAUAUUUUAUAGAAAGUUACGACAAACGUAUAAAACAGUAUACAAAAAGUUAUAAAAACCGCGAUUUAUAUAAAUUUUCAUAUUUUACAAAUAGAUAAUUAAUAGCUUGCGAAUACAUUUAUAAGUGCAGUUUUGAAUAUACGCACGAUUUUACCAUGUAGUAGGUCCCUAUGCACAAAGUGGGCAAAAUCCCUUACAUGGGUCCAAAAUGAUAUAAAACAUAAAUCUGUGCAUAGAAUUUCCAUAUCAUUUGUAAAAAAUAAUAAAUACACUUUUUGAUUGAAGAUUGUAAGCUCUCUUACGAUAUUUAUUAUAUGUAUAUAUAUUAUUAUGUGUAUAAUUGUAACAAGUUAUGGAAUUACAAAUCUUUAUGUGUAUUUAUACGGCUUACGGUUUACAAUAUCGCUAUAAUCACUACAGCGAUAUUGUAAAUUGUUUUCAUAAAGUUCAUCGACAAUUUCAUUAUAAUAUCACUAGUGUAAUUGUAACACGCCUUUGACAAUAUGCCUACGAUACAUACAUUAUCAAACAUGUGUACCAGAAUCACUGAUAUAUAAAAAACACAAGAUGCACACUUCACAUUUCAAAAAUCUUCGUAUAACAUGAGUGCAACAUUCUAAAUUGUGCGCACAUUCCGUAUAGUCUCGUGUCAGUCGCGUCUACGCGCAUGUGUAAAAACAGCAUUAAACAAUAACACAUAACUGUAAUAAGUAUAACUGGUGAGUGCUUAGCGGCAUUUACGAGCGUAACUUUUCGGAUUUAUAAAAAGAAGAGAUCUUAUGAAACGAAGAAUGAGAAUAACAGAGAGAAAUGCACAUCUUGUUCUUUUAUGUAUCAAUGACCAGAAUAAAUAGAUUUUGCAACUUUUACGUCAUUAUAAAUGUCCUUAAACAAUUUAUUAACUAUACAAUCGUAUUGAUUGUUGUGUGUUUACUUAACUAAAACUUUUCGAAUAUAUAUUUAUUUAGAAUCAUUAAAUUUCAAGAAGUAUACAGUUAAAAGUAAUAAAUUGUUAUUUCUGUUUAUUAUUUAUGUAGAUAUUAUAUUUAUUAUGUAUGGUGCCAUGACAUGUACCAAAAAUUGAUUCAUGUAGCAAAGUUCCUGCGGCGACGCAAAUUGUUGUGAUCGUUUAUUAUGUAAGUUCGAAUUAUGUAACACGAAGUACAAAUAAAAUAUUUUGCAU